AUGGAGUUUGCGGACCUACCUCCAGAUAUCCUCGGCCAAAUCUUCCAGAAGCUCGACCUGGAUUAUCUAUACUGUCUCCUGCUACUUUUCAAUGCCAAUUGCUCGAACCAAAUCUUGCGAGUUAUAGAAACCGUUCGCUAUUCCAGAUUGAUAAUCACCAAUUCAUGGCGUCAGCUGCUCAGAUUGUUGCCUCGUGCAAAGAAAAUCAGUAGCUUGGAAUUACUCUCUCGCUAUACUUACCUAUCGAUCAAUGAGUUUCAGGACUUUAUUCCCGAAUGGGAAUCUAAAUUGUACCCGGAGGUGAAUGUUAGGCGGAAAUUAGUGUUUGUGCUCUGUUGUGAUAACUCCAACGUAGACCAGCGAUACCGGAUCAUCAGGAGUUUUAGUCGUCUUCUCCGAAGGCUUCCUCAAUCCGUGCUGAAUGUUACUCGUCAGGUGUUUUUGUUCAUGGGUGGUCUCAAUCUGGUAGUAGAGAGGAGCCUGGACGAGGAGGUCAUUUCAUGCUUGUUUCAGAGCAUCGAGAAGAUGUCAAGCUUAUACCCAUCACUUGAAAGCUUGUCUCUUGUGGGUCCUGUGGAUGCACACGAACGUGGUUCCAUCAAUUGGCCUUCUUGCUAUGAUUAUUCUCAUUUCACGAGCCUCUCCACAGUUUGCAUGUCCAAUAUGGGGAUUCUUUCCCUUGCUAAUAUAGAAUUCCCCGAACUGAUCAAGCACCUAGUUGUAUCACAUAACAGCAUCCUGACAUUAUAUGGUGUGAAGUUUCCUGAAACCUUGGUAACUUUAGAUCUCUCCUACAACAAUUUGACUGGGUCGUUCAAGACUAAGCUUCCAAUGCUAAAGGUAUUUAAUAUCCGUCGCAACUACAUCGAGGAUAUGAUGCAUCUCCCAGACUCAAUUGAGGAUCUCGACAUUUCAUUCAACGAACUUCCUAGUACCAUGUUUAGGAUUCCAGCAGCGCUCAAAGUGUUGCGAACAGAUAUUGCUCAGUUUUAUCUUAUGUCUGAGAAGGUUCAAGUUGAGCUUCGGCUGCAGCAGGUCUGUGUGAAGAAAAACAUUGCAUCUCAGACAAACCAGUCGAUAUUCACGAGGAUGUGA